AUGCAUAUGUCCUUCUGGUGGGGCAAGAAAAUCGAGAAUUUCUUGAUUUAUGGCUUAAGUGUGAAUUCAGUGGGUGGUGUAUUGGCUUUGUGUCUUGGUUGUGCCUUGCUCGCAUUCCUAUUUGAGUGGAUCAAACUCAUCCAGGCCAAAGAGAAGCAGAAAGAAUUGAUUAUUCGUGCCAAACAGAUAAAAACUAUUUGCCCACCCAAGGAAGAUGCUUCUUUACUGCCUGAUAAUGCCACAAUGCACAAACCUUUGGAUUUGUCAAUGAGAAACAGAAUAUCAAUAUAUGCUUGUGAUACUUCCCUGUGGCUGGUUCUGCACAAUCUUGGAUACUUGAUAAUGCUCACAAUAAUGGCAUUCAACUUAUGGAUAUUUCUGUCUGUGCUGGUUGGAGGUGGUUUGGGUUAUUUUGUCUUUGGGCAGAUGUUCAUGAAGUUGAACCUGGAGAACUGCCAAGUGAUAAGAGACACCUAUUGCAUGAGCACAUGUUCUAAACCAGGUAUUAAGAUGUUGUGA